AUGGAUAAUACAACCACCACUACUACGACUACGACGAUAGAGUCAACUCUUCCAAAUACUACAACACCAUCAGUUGAUACAACUACACCUGCUGCAAUUGAUGCAGCUGCAGCUCCUACAGUAGCACUGACAAAGAAUCAAAAGAAGAGAGCAAAGGACAAGGCAAAGAAGUUGAAGCAGAAGGAACAAGGAACAUCAUCAUCAAAACAAACAAAAGCUGUUGUUGAGGAGGAGGAAAGUGAAGACGAUAAGUUUGAAAGACAAUUGGAAUGGGCCAUCGCACAGUUGGAGCUGGGCACACAAAGAAAGGAUGCUCAGAAGGAGCAAGUUGCCGAGGCACAAUCAGUUAUCCGCAAACUAAAGUCCAACAAGAACUCAAUGGUACAGAAGGCACAUCUGAUGCACGUCGUCUUUGGUGCCAAGCUUGAGAAGAAGAUGAAGGAGAUGCCCAUUCCAGAGAUCUACUACAUUGAGAAGAGGAAGAAACUGGAAGAGGCUGAAGCCUUGAAGAAGCAGCAAGAGGAAGAGAAGCUGAAGCAGCAGGAGGAAGUAAAGGAUCAGGUGAAGCCAUAA